UUUUUCAGCCCAAUCUCCAUAACACUCUUUGGAUACAAAAUCACAACCACCACAAACGACCACCGGAUUUCUUGACCUCCGCCGUAGCUAAAUCACCACCACCAAAUUUCCCGGCCAUUUCAAAUCUCAAUUUCAUCACCUGACUAACAAGCCCAUUUCUAGUAUCAUGAGUGCUUGGAAUUGGAAUCAGACUAUUGUAGAGGAGGAUAUGUAGAAGCAACUGAAUUCAAGGAUGAGAGCUCUUGUUACCGGCCGAGGUAAGUUAUGCCACAAUAGUUCAAAGUGCUUUGACAUUGCCGAUCUGUGUGUGAAGUUACUAUGCUCAUAUAAUGGGCCACUUGAUCUCCAUAGAAGAUCUGUUUCUGUUUCUUCUAUUGGUGGAAGUGAUCAAGAACAUAUUAUAAGAUUAGAGGAAAGAAGGAAAGUAGUUGAUUCUGUGUGCCAGAUUUUAGAGGGUGGUCAAUGGGGGACGCCGUUAGAGAAUGCAUUGUCUAACUGCAAUGAAAGUGCACAGAGUGAUCUUGUCAUUUCUGUUUUAAGGAAGUUAAAGGAUGUGAAUCUUGCGGUAAACUAUUUUAAAUGGGCCGAGAGGAAAACCAAUCAACCACAUUGUCCUGAAGCAUACAAUUCCCUUCUCAUGGUGAUGGCAAUAAGUAAGAAGUUUGACCAGAUUCAGCAAGUUUUUGAAGAAAUGAGUCUUGCGGGUUUUGGUCCGUCUAAUACAGCAUGUAUUGAGUUAGUUGUAAGCUGUGUUAAAAGUCAUAAACUAAAAGAAGCUUAUGAUAUGAUUCAACUAAUGAGAAGGUUUAAGUUUCGGCCUGCAUUCUCAGCUUACACAACUCUGAUAGGAGCUCUUUCUACAGUUCAUGAACCUGAUCUCAUUCUCACACUUUUUCACCAGAUGCAGGAUCUCGGUUAUGAAGUACAUGUGCAUCUAUUCACGACUUUAAUCCGUGUAUUUGCCAGAGAGGGUCGGGUAGAUGCUGCUCUUUCUUUAUUGGAUGAAAUGAGAAGCAAAUCUGUUGACGGUGAUAUUGUUCUGUAUAAUGUCUGUAUAGACUGUUUUGGUAAGGCGGGAAAGGUGGACAUGGCUUGGAAAUUCUUUCAUGAAAUGCGAGCUCAUGGUAUCAUGCCCGAUGAUGUCACAUAUACUAGCAUGAUAGGUGUUCUCUGCAAAGCUAAUAAACUUAGUGAAGCAAUUGAUCUAUUUGAUGAAAUGGAGCGUCACAAGAAAGUCCCAUGUGCGUACGCUUAUAACACCAUGAUCAUGGGUUAUGGAAUGGCCGGAAAAUUUGAUGAAGCUUUUCAAUUACUCGAGAGGCAAAAACUAAAGGGUUCAAUUCCAAGUGUGGUCGCAUACAACUGCAUUCUAACUUGUCUUGGAAAGAAAGGGAAAGUAGAUGAAGCUUUGCAGUUAUUUGAGGAUAUGAAAAAAGAUGCGACACCUAAUCUAUCCACAUAUAAUAUUCUUAUAGAUAAUCUUUGCAAGGCUCGUAAGCUUGACGUUGCUUUAAAGAUACAAGAAUCCAUGAAAGAAGCCGGUUUAUAUCCUAAUAUCUUAACCGUGAACAUAAUGAUUGAUCGACUGUGCAAGUUUCAACAACUUGAUGAAGCAUGCUCGAUAUUUGAAAAUAUAGAUCAUAAAGUUUGCCCCCCAACUGAUUACACUUAUUGCUCUCUUAUAGAGGGAUUAGGUAGACACAACAGAGUUGAUGAUGCUUACAAACUAUAUGAGCGAAUGUUGGAAGCUGGUGUGACUCCAAACGCUGUUGUCUACACGUCUCUCAUUAGAAGCUUUUUUAAGUUAGGAAGAAAGGAAGAUGGUCAUAAGAUUUAUAAACAAAUGGUUCGUGGUGGAAUUGUUCCAGAUCUGACCCUUUUAAAUACGUACAUGGAUUGUGUUUUUAAAGCUGGUGAAACGGAUAAAGGUCGAGCUGUAUUUGAAGAAAUCAAGAAUUACGGUGUUGUACCGGAUGCUAGAAGCUACUCGAUACUAAUUCACGGAUUAAUAAAAGCAGGUUUUGCCCGUGAAACCAAUAAGUUAUUCAAUGAAAUGAAGAAACAAGGAUGUGUUAUGGAUACUCUUGCUUAUAACACAGUUAUCGAUGGAUUUUGCAAAACUGGUCAAGUAAACAAAGCUUACCAGCUUUUGGAAGAAAUGAAGGUAAAGGGACAUCCACCUACUGUAGUUACUUACGGGUCAGUUAUUGACGGGCUUGCGAAAAUUGACCGGCUUGAUGAAGCUUACAUGCUUUUUGAAGAAGCUAAAUGUAAAGGUGUUCAGUUAAAUGUAGUUGUGUAUAGUAGUCUAGUUGACGGGUUUGGGAAAGUAGGUAGAAUUGACGAAGCAUAUUUAAUUAUGGAAGAGUUGAUGCAGACAGGGUUGACACCGAAUGUAUACACAUGGAAUUGCAUGCUUGAUGCGCUAGUGAAAGCAGAGGAAAUUGAUGAAGCCUUAGUAUGCUUUAACUCUAUGAACGAUUUGAAGUGUACACCAAAUGCCAUUACUUAUAGUAUAAUCAUAAAUGGGCUAUGUAGAGUCAGAAAGUUCAAUAAAGCAUUUGUGUUUUGGCAAGAGAUGCAGAAGCUAGGGCUGCAACCGAAUGUGAUUACUUAUACUACAAUGAUUUGUGGGCUUGCAAGGGCUGGUAAUGUGUUAGAGGCUACUCGUCUUUUUGACAGGUUUAUAAAAGGUGGAGGUAUUCCAGACUCAGCUUGUUAUAAUACUAUGAUUGAAGGAUUAAGUGCAUCAAAUAGGGCUAUAGAAGCUUAUUCGUUAUUCGAGGAAACUAGAUUGAAAGGGUGUCAUGUGUAUCCGAAUACUUGUGUUGUGCUGAUGGAUUCUUUGCAUAAAGCUGAAUGUCUUGAGCAGGCUGCGAUUGUGGGUGCUGUGUUGAAGGAAACGGCCAAGGCUCAGCAUGCUUCAAGAUCUAUGUAGCUAAGUCCUUUUUUUUUCUUCUCAUACUGGCUUUCUAAAUUUUGUAGUAACGUUCUUGAUCAUGUUUACCAACAGCAUGGUUGGAUCAGUGGUAAA